UCGCGCACAGCUGUGGGAUAGCAUGAUCGAUCGAAGGGUAAUGGUGUGGAAUGUUAUACGUGGAUAAUUCACAUGAACUUUAUCCCAAUGACACCAAUUUCCGCCUCUAUUUGACUAGCAAGCUCCCCAACCCACACUAUGGGCCAGAUGUUUCUGGAAAGACGAUGAUUAUAAACAACAGUGUCACCAAGCCUGGACUCCAAGCUCAACUGCUCAAUGUGACGGUGAGACAUGAGCGUCAAGAUCUGGAGGAGCAAAGGGAAAAGCUCAUUCAGGAAAUGAGUGAGAACAAGGCACUCCUUAAGUCUCUUGAAGACACACUGCUGCAAGAAUUGAGCAAUGCAACUGGCAACAUUCUUGACAAUGAGCCACUGAUUACAACCUUGGAGAACACGAAGGCAAAGGCUGUUGAGAUAUCAGAAAAGCUGGAGCUGGCAAAGGUGACUGCCACCGAGAUUGAGCAGGUGCGUACAAGAUAUUCACCUGCUGCCAAGCGAGGUGCCAUCCUCUUCUUUGUGAUGUCAUCUCUUUCAGCGGUGAACAACAUGUACGAGUACUCUCUUUACUCCUUUUUAGCAGUGUUUCGGAACACUCUAGAGACAAGCAAACGUGAUCCAUCACUGGACGGACGGCUGCGCAAUGUGCUGGAUGCACUCAUGUAUGAUGUGUACAAUUACACGUGUUUGGGUCUGUUUGAGAAACACAAGGUCAUGUUGUCGUUCCAAAUGACAAUCAAGAUUGCAGAGGGUGAGAAGGAUCUAAAUCAUGCACAACUGGAUUUCCUGCUCAAGGGUAACCUGUCAUUGGAGAAAUCAGCACGAAGGAAGCCGUACGAUUGGUGGCCAGAGCAGGGGUGGGAGGACCUUAUGCAGCUGAUCACACUGGCAGAUAAGUUUGCCCGCCUGGCUGGCCAUGUGGCAGUCAAUGAAGAAGAAUGGCAUGCGUGGUAUGACCUGGAAAGGCCUGAGGAGCACCCUCUUCCUGGUGGAUGGAGCGACCAGUUGUCGUUGUUCGAGCAUCUGCUGGUGCUUCGUUGCCUACGGGUUGAUCGAGUGACUGUGGCACUUACGCGUUAUGUGAUCAGCCGAAUAGGGGAGAAAUACGUGACUCCGCCUGUGCUCGAUUAUCGCCAGAUCCAUCGUCAGAGCACACCUCUUACCCCUGUUGUUUUCAUUCUCUCCCCUGGUGCGGAUCCUGCGUUCGAUGUUUUCAAGCUCGGAGAGGAGAUGGGCUUCAAAGCAGGCGCCAAGCUGAAGUACAUGGCCCUUGGCCAAGGAAUGGGGCCGAAAGCUGCGGAGUUCCUGGAGACAGGGUCAACGCGUGGCCUGUGGGUGAUGCUCCAGAAUUGCCACCUUCUACCAUCAUGGCUGAAGACCUUGGAGAAGAUUCUCGAGAAGAUUGAGAAGCCGCACAAAGAUUUCCGGCUUUGGCUUACAACCGAGCCAACACCGAAAUUCCCGCUCGGAGUGCUGCAGCGGAGUCUCAAAGUGGUGACUGAACCACCCAAUGGCCUCAAACUCAACAUGCGCGCAUCCUACUCCAAGAUCACAGAGGAGAGCCUGUCUGAAUGCCCCCAUAAUGCAUUUCGGCCGUUGGUGUAUGUGCUUGCAUUUUUCCAUGCAGUUGUGCAGGAACGUCGAAAGUAUGGUAAAUUGGGGUGGAACGUCGCAUAUGAUUUCAAUGAAACCGAUUUUCGGAUCAGCAUGGCACUAAUUAGUACUUAUCUGCGCAAGGCUUACGAUAAUGAAGACGAAAUUCUCCCAUGGGGAACUCUCCGGUACCUGAUUGGAGAAGCAAUGUAUGGUGGGCGUGUGUCUGACAGUCUGGACCGUAGGAUAUUGACCACGUACUUGGACGAGUAUUUCGGCGACUUUUUGUUUGACACGUUUCAGCCAUUUCACUUCUUCAAGUCUGAGACUGUGGAUUACAAAAUUCCCGAAACAGGGCCCAAGGAAUCAUAUGUGGGAAUGAUAGAUUUGUUGCCCAUUGUGCAGACACCAGAAGUCUUUGGCUUGCACCCGAAUGCAGACAUCAGCUACUAUACAAAUGCAACAAAGCUGAUCUGGCGUAAUCUGAUUGAUCUGCAGCCACGUGUCGGUGGUGCGGUGGGUGGAGGAAGUCGGGAGGACUUUAUUGCAGGGGUCGCCCGUGACAUCCAGUCCAAAAUCCCUGAUCCAUUUGAUAUCCCAGUUCUGAGGAAGGAAAUCGGCAUCCCAACUCCCAUCCAGGUGGUUUUGCUACAAGAACUUGAACGCUGGAACAAGCUGCUGCAAAAGAUGACCUCGUCAUUGAAAGACCUUCAGAAGGCUCUGUCAGGCGAGAUUGGGAUGAGCAAUGAGCUGGACGAACUGUCAAGGGCCCUGUUUAAUGGGCAACUGCCGAAACUAUGGCGGAAGCUCAACCCGCAGACAGAAAAGGGGCUGGGAGCGUGGAUGACAUGGUUCCAGCGUCGUCAUCUACAGUACGUAGACUGGGUUGAGAAUGGAGAGCCGAAGGUCAUUUGGUUGUCAGGACUGCAUACACCAGAGACAUACAUUGCAGCACUUGUCCAGACGGCAUGUCGUGAUAGGGGAUGGCCAUUGGACAAGUCUACACUGUAUACAAAAGUGACUCAGUAUACCAACCCAAACGACAUCAAGGAGAAGCCACGCCAUGGCUGUUACAUCCAAGGGCUUUACCUGGAGGGAGCUUCAUGGAACUUAGAAACUGGCAUGCUCAAGCGGCAGGGCAUCUUCUCAACGGCUGGUGGCCAUAGCUGGGGCCAGCCAGCUCCAUUGGUGACAAAGCUGGGUUUGGCGCCCAAGUGCUGAUGAGCGCUUCCUCAUAUUUGUGUUCUUGUUGGGGUUCAGUCAGCUGCCACCAAAGCUGCACUUUCAGCGC